AUCCGCAUCUCGAUCCCGUCCUCGCCCAACCCCAGCACACUCCCUCCAUCCACCAGCGCCUCGCUCACGACUCUCUCCACGCAGUUCUCCGCGCCGCUGCGCAUCGACGGGUCCUUCGAUUUCCGCAAUGUGACAACGGGCUCGUAUCUCCUGGAUGUGCAUUGCAACACGCAUGCGUUCGCGCCGCUGCGCGUGGAUGUCAGGGAGGGCGAGAACGACGACGAGGAGGUCCUGGUCUGGGGCACGUUUCGUGGGAAUGAGUGGGAGAAUAAGGGCCCUGUGGUAGGGGUUAGAAAAUUGGGGAGUGAGGAGGAGGGAGGAGAAGAAGAGCGGGUGUGGGGGCUUGAGGUUAAGGCUUUGGGUGGCAAGGAGUAUUUUGUGCAGAGGGCUGGUUUCUCACCGUUGAGCAUUCUUAAGAAUCCUAUGAUUCUUCUUGCUCUUGUGUCGAUGGGAAUCGUUUUCGGAAUGCCGUAUCUUAUGGAUAACAUGGAUCCCGAACUCCGCGCCGAAUUUGAAGAGAGACAGAAAGCCUCACCGCUUGCAGGUGGACAGGCCGCGAACCCACUACAGAGCUUCGAUGCUGCUGCCUGGCUGGCAGGCAGCAGCAGC